AUGUCUGCUCAAGACGCAAAGCGACGCCGUGCAGACUCCACUGCAGCUGCGUUAUCAAGACCCUUUCGAUCUCCGUUUCGCGCCACACCAGGAAAGCCAAGUGGAGAUUCUCAGGGCCAGCCCAGUGACCUUGGCAGAACACAACUUGACCAAACGGCCUCCCCUAAGGCACGGGGUCCUUCAUCUUUCCCAUACAAGCGGCAACAAGGCGUCGGCCUUUCAUCAAGAUCCCCAGACACUUCAGACACCCAAUUGGAGAUUGCGGCACUUGUGAAGGCCCAGCGCCAACUAAAGAACAAACUUCACGUCUUGACAGAAGAGCUACACCUAUGUGAGCAAGCUUACAAAAUCGAGCAUGGUCCAUCAGAGGCUGGAUCAAGUGGCGGGGAAGUGGAUAGCGAGCUUCUACGCUUGACAGAACGAUGGAAAUCAGCCAGCCGUCAAGCAGCAGAGGAGCUUUUUGGCAGUGCCAAGGACAAGAUAAACAGGAUGGGAGGUCCACAGGCGUGGAAGGAGAUGCAGGAAAAACAGCAGGAGUUUCAAAACGAGUUUAAUGCCGGGUUCGAGCAAGACUCCCGUGGUGAAAUGGAUGACUGCGAUGGAAGGAGUGAUACAGAUGCAGGGGCCGACAUCGAGCUGGAGACGCAGAAUGAGAGGAAGGCACGUGGGGGGGGUGAUGAUGCUGAGGAUUUGAAUGACCAUGAGUUCACGAUGUCAAUGAUGCUGAGGUCGCUGAAUGUCGAGCCCGAGGUGAUCGGCUACAGCAAGGAACAUCAAAUGUGGAUAGAUUAA